UUUCUAUUGUUUAGCUGGUGCUUUGAUGUUAGCUCAAGUUCUUGCUGGUGUUGGUACCAAUGGUAUUAGUUUAUCAAAUAUUUUUGGUAAACGUGAUUUGAGUGAACUCGCUGGUCGACAAGAUGAAAUCCGUGGUUUCUUUGAUACAUUGGGUCAAAAUCUUCUUAGUGGUUUACAAAGUGUUUGGACAAAUAUAAUUCAAUCUCCAGUUGAACAAGCUCUUCAAAGUGGUGCUCUUAUGGCUGCUCAAGUACUCGCUGGUGUCGGUACUAAUGGUAUUAGUCUUGGUAAACGCGAGUUGAAUAAUGUUGCUCGGGGACAAAUCAUGGAUAGCCUUGUUGACCAUGCUAGUGGCCUCUUUACAAAUCAAAUAAAACCUACGCUUGAAAGUGCACUUAACUCUGCUGUUCUUCAUCUUGCUGGUGUUUUAGCCAAUUUUUCCCAAGGUGGAUUUGGUCGACGUUAA